AUGUCUACAAAUCGUAAUUGGAUGUGGCAUCAAAAAGAUGAUAAAGGUUAUCUUCAUCAUGAGUUUAUUGAAGGAGUUAAAGGAUUCUUGGAGUUUGCCUAUGAUCAUCCGACAUGUGUUAGUGAUAACAAAAUAAGAUGUCCAUGCAGCAAGUGUCGUAAUAGAAAAUUUUUAAAUAAAAAUGAUGUGCGUUAUCAUCUUGUCAAACAUGGAUUCACUCGUGGCUACGAGCAAUGGUAUGCACAUGGUGAACCAUUAAAGAAAACUAAUGAUUGUGAAAGAGUUCAUAAUAAUGAAGAAGGAUCUCGUUAUAGAAAUAUGGUGAUUGAUGGCAUGGAUCAAAGUUUUGAUUGGAUUACAAUAAGUAAUGAACAACCACCGAAUUCUGAAGCACAGAAGUUCUUUGACUUGUUAAAGGAUGCAGAUGAGCCAUUAUGGAAUGGUUGCAAAAAUCACACUAAACUCUCAGCAGUGACGCAGUUGUUAAAUCUUAAGUCUGAGUAUAAUCUACCAGAGGCAUGCUAUGAUAGACUAAUGUCAAUAAUAAAAAGCAUGUUACCAGAAAGUGAUAAUUUACCGCCAAAUUUAUAUAAAACAAAGAAGCAACUUUCCAAUCUUGGACUUGGCUAUAAGAAAAUUGAUGCAUGUGUGAAUAAUUAUAUUCUAUAUUAUAAAGAAUACAAGGACUACAAAGAAUGCCCCAUUUGUUUUCAUCCCAGAUACAAACCGAGGAAGCCUAGAGUGCGAAAAGAGGUGCCUUUUCAUGUCUUGCGGUACUUGCCGUUAAUACCUAGACUCAAGAGACUUUAUGCAUCUGCAUAUACUUGUGAGCACAUGACUUGGCAUGCAAAAAAUCACUGCAUAGAUGGAAAAAUGGCACACCCAUCUCAUGGUGAAGCUUGGAAACAUUUUGAUCGCACUUAUUCUUCAUUCGCCUCAGAUCCACGGAAUGUGCGACUUGGAUUAUGUACAGAUGGAUUUAGCCCAUUUGGUCAUCAAAGUACCCCUUAUUCAUGUUGGCCUGUUAUUAUUACAGUUUAUAAUCUGCCUCCAUGGAUGUGCAUGCAGAAGCCUUUCAUGUUCCUUAACAUGGUUAUUCCCGGACCAAAGAGUCCAGGAAAAAAUAUUGAUGUUUUCUUACAUCCUCUAAUAGAUGAGUUAAGAGAAUUAUGGACUACUAGAGUACAGACUUAUGAUGUGUGUUCUAAACAAAAUUUUCAAAUGAAGGCUGCACUUUUAUGGACAAUUAGUGAUUUUCCUGCAUAUGCAAUGUUGUCUGGUUGGAGUACUCACGGUUGGUUGGCAUGUCCUUACUGUAUGGAACAUACAAAAUCAUUCCAACUUAAGUGUGGGAGAAAGGCUUCUUGGUUUGACUGUCAUCGUCAAUUCUUACCUCGUGAUCAUCCUUUUAGAAGACAAGCUUAUAAAUUUCGAAAGGGUAAAGUUGAAAUAGAUUCUCCACCUCUUCGUUUAAGUGGUAAAGACAUCUAUCAAAGAGUAAAUAGACUUCCACAUGUAACAUUUGGGAAACCACCAAGUGCCACCCAACCUAUUGAUGGAUUUGGAAAAACACAUAAUUGGGUUAAAAGAAGUAUAUUUUGGGAGCUACCUUAUUGGCAAACAAAUCUUAUUCGACACAAUUUAGAUGUGAUGCAUAUUGAAAAAAAUGUCUUUGAUAAUGUUUUCAACACUAUUAUGGAUGUCAAAGAUAAGACGAAGGAUAAUGCUAAAGCUAGAAAAGACUUAGAGCAACUUUGUAGCCGUCCUGAGUUGCAUUUGAUUGAACAUGCACAUGAGCACAUGGAACAAAUUGGACUAAAUAUUAUUGAGAUAAUAUGCAAGCUUGAAAGGAUUUUUCCCCCGGCUUUCUUCGAUUCCAUGGAGCAUAUGAUAAUUCAUCUUGCAUAUGAAGCAAAAGUUGGUGGACCUGUACACUAUAGAUGGAUGUAUCCUUUUGAGAGGUUUUUGUACCAUUUGAAGAAAAAAGUGGGUAAUAGAGCUCGAGUUGAAGCUUCUAUUGUUGAAGCUUAUAUGAUUGAGGAAGUUUCAACAUUUUGUUCAUCGAACUUUGAACCACACAUACAAUCACGACUAAAUCGAAUUCCACGAAAUGACGAUGGAGGAGCAGUAGAUUCUUCUAGCGGGCUGCCAAUUUUCACUCACCCAGGGCGAGCACUUAGCUCUCGAAUUUCAAUUAGAUAUCUUAAAGAUGAUGAGUUAAAAGCUGCCCAUAGAUACAUCUUGAUGAAUAUUCAAGAACAUCCUUUUGAGGUUGAUGAUGACAUAAAGAAGCUGGCACAUGGUCCAAAUCGACGGGUUUCAAGUCACAAAGGAUACUUUGUCAAUGGAUUUAAAUUCGAGACCAUGGAACAUGGGCGUUUCAAAGCAACAUCAAAUUAUGGUAUUUGUGUCUUAGGGAGCACCAUCAAUGAGUAUGAAGUGGACUACUAUGGGGUGUUGGAAGAAAUUUUGGAAUUGAACUAUUACGGUCUCAAGGAUGUUAUCGUAUUGUUUAAGUGUCAUUGGUAUGAUACAUCAGAUAAAGGGAUGAAAGUGCAUAGGUUGGGUCUUGUAGAAAUUAAUCAUAAAUCAAAGUUAAACACAAAUGACCCUUUCAUAUUAGCUGCUCAAGCCCAACAAGUGUACUAUACCAGAUCUCCUACCAUCAAACAAGAGAGAAAUGAUUGGGUCACGGCAUGCAAAGUGAAAGCUAGAGGAAAAUUUGACAUACCAUUCCUUGAAAAACAAGAUGAAAAUGUUUCACCAAUUGUUGAAGUUGCUUAUCAAGAGGAGGAGAUAUCCACUCCAAAUAAUGUUCUCACAGAUAUAGAUAUUGAUGAUGUUAACAUUAUUUUUAAUGUUGAUCAAGAGGAAUUAAAUGAAAUGGAAAUUGAAGAGCUUCGACGUGUUAUGAAUGGCAAGCAAGUUAUUGUAGAUAGUGAAGAGCUAGAGGAAGAACUUGAAGAUUUUGAUGAAGAUGAAGAAACACAAGAUGAAACAGAUUGUGACUCUAAUAAUAGUGAUAGUGAAUUAAUGUAG